CGCAGCUUGCUGGUGGGUAUGCACCGCCGGGUGUGCAAUCCAUGCCUGCCGGAACGGCGUUUGGCAUUUCCGGUUAGGUGUUCCCUCCAUCUCACGCCAUGGAUGGUGGGUAUGGCUACGUAGCGGAGCCGCCAUGGACGGCUCCGUGUGGGCAAAGCAGUCGGCAGACGUUGGGGCAAAGCACCCAGCCGACAUUUGGGGGCAGUUCCAUCCCUUCCCCCUCGUCAUGCAGACGCACUUCGAGCGAUCAGUCGGCGUCCAUGAUAGACGUCGACAGCGAUGACAACGGUGAAGUGUCGGCGGAUACAAGCGGUUGGACGCCUGGAGGAGUUGGCGAUGGUGAGAGCACAUGGCAUGAUGACACGGGCGGGUCCAGUUACGGGGCAGAUGAAGGAGACGACGACGACGGCACUUCCACGCAGCCGGGGGAGAUGAACGAUGAAGAUGGUGGUCGUCGUGUGGAGGAGGGGGGGGUUCAAGGGCGUCCAGGCGAGGAUGUGAAUGCGACGAAGGGUAAUCAGCAGAAGCGUCGUGGUGGGCGGCCUCCGGCCACCAACCCCAAACCGAAGGUGCCGUGGACAUUGGACGAGAGGAUCCAUCUCGCGAGGAUGAUGCAAGAGGACGACGCCCUCAUGGCGGAUGCCAACGGCCAACACCUCAUGAUGCCGAUGAAGGAUCGGUACGCAUGGGUCAUCACACGGAUGAAGGAUGUCGGGUACAUGCACAGGACAGCGGAGGAUUGCCGGAAGAAGUGGACGAACAUGAUGACAAUGGUGAAGCUCAUCCUCGACAAGCAACAAAAGAAGUCGGGGGAGCCAUCGUAUUUUGACAUAACAAUUGAGGAGCGGAGAGAGAGCAAACUGCCGCUGUCUUUCGAGAAGGCGUUGUGGGACGCGAUGACGUGGAAACUCGAUCGACCAUCCAUCCAGUGCGACAACACCAUGGCAUCGGAGUCACUCCCGGGGAAACGACAGGAGCCAUCACCGACGGUCGGAUCUGAUGCAACGGGGACGGAAGAGUCGGACAGCUCAAACAAGGCACGCCAAACAGGGACCGGCAAGGCGAGGGUGCAUGAAGGCGGAUCAGGCGGAUCGUCCUUGGGGAAAGUAAUGGAAGACUCAACGAGAUCGUAUUGUCAGGGCCUUGACAAUGCGGCGGCCGCCCUGGCGAGAGCGACAACAGGAGCAGGCACGACAAUUGCAGCGAGAAUAGGUGAUGUGGCCGAUGCAAUGAGAGGGGGAAAUUCUGUGCUGGAACUAUUGCGGGCGUCACGGGAGGUUUUCUACAAUGUUGUCACACGUCACGACACCCGUGUGUAUGAAGUGCGCGUGAACGAUGUCCAUGCAAUGGACAUCACGGCUGGAUUGGGGUUUGACAACGAUAGCGCUUUGAGCCACGUCCUCCUGUUCGUGACGAAGAGGCAUGAGGUGGUGCCAAACAGAUGGGAAGGUCCCCACCGGGAUGCGGUGGGGGACACCAUCAAGUACCUUGUGUCCGCCAUCGCCGAAGAGUUUGAGAACCGCAUCGACGACACGCCUCGGUACGACACCAUCUUCGACCCCCCUCUGGAGGGCAGGGGGUACUUGCACGGCCUGGUGGAUACAUGGGUGCCUGAGGAUGACCUUCAUGUCUACCUCAACCGCUACACGGUUAAGAACAACUACCCCAUGCCUCGUUCCGACGAGCUGUUCGACCGCCUAGCAGGCAACUGCUUCCUUACGAAGAUUGAUCUUCGUAGCGGUUACCAUCAGAUCCGCAUCGCUGCAGCCGACCAGCCGAAGACAGCGUUCCGAUCGCGCUUCGGCCACCACGAGUUUACGAUGAUGUCAUUCGGCCUCACCAAUGCACCCGCCAUCUUCCAGAGGGCGAUGAACGACAUCUUCAGGGACAUCCUGGAGCAGUUCGUUCUCGUCUACCUCGAUGAUAUCCUGGUCUACAGUCGUACCCUUGAGGAGCAUCUAAGACACCUUCGCGACAUCCUUGACCGCUUACGCAGACAUGGUUUCUACGCCAAGCUGAGCAAGUGCCACUUUGCCCAGCACAAAGUGGAUUUCUUAGGACACUACGUGUCUGACCAGUGUCUCCACAUGGACGACGCGAAGAUCACUGCUAUUGCGCAGUGGCCCGCUCCCACAUCCGCCAAGCAGCUUCGCAGCUUCCUAGGCCUGACCAGCUACUAUAGUAAUUUCAUCCGGGGAUACACUAGGUAUUCCUCCGUCCUUAUCUCCACCCUCCUCCGGAAUAACCCACCCUGGGCUUGGACACCCCUCCACGAGGACGCCUUCCGCGCCCUCAAAAAAGCGGUGACAUGCGCACCGGUUCUUCACCUACCCGAUUUUGAUCGCCCUUUUAUCCUUACCACCGAUGCGUCAGACUUUGUUGUAGGAGCAGUGCUUUCUCAGGUCUUCCCCUCCUCUCCUGAUUCCUCUCAUCCUCGUAUCCCUCGCUUCCCACCACCUACCCCUACCACUGCUUCCCGACUGACGCGUACUCGUCCAGCUACUAACGAGCCUUCUAUUGAUUAUUCUCCUACCAUCGCCGAGGACGGCACUGUCGAGUCUCGCUCAGGUGAUUGUCCGAUAGCCUUCUACUCCCGUCAGCUCCUGCCCGCCGAGAUAAACUACACUGUUGAUGAACGUGAGGUCCUCGUAGUAGUUUAUGCCGCUCGGCACUGGCGUCACUACCUGCACGGGGCACCGUUCACGGUGCGUACUGACAACUCUGUUGUCCAGGCUUUUCUGGCAAAACCGAAGCUCACUCUUCGACAAGCUCGCUUGUGGCGCGACCUAUCCGAGUUUAGUUUCACCACUGAGCACAUUAAGGGUGAGACUAAUCGGGUCGCAGAUGCCCUAUCCCGGCGCCCUGACCACGACCAGGAGCASAUCCMGCUCWYUUCCAUCUCGGUCACCACCGUCCACCACUCGGUGAUCGACGAGUUUCGCACUCAGUACCGCCACUGCCCCGACUAUCGCGACAUCCACGCGACCCUUCGGAGUGGCAAGACCAUCCCGAACUACUCUCUUGGGGACAACGGUCUUUGUUGGGAUCCAUCGGGCGAGACCGUGGCGAAACGAACUGUCGGUGGUGAUGUCGCUAAAGGUUGGGACAUGGGAGAUGAUGGUGUCAACGAUGAUGAUGAUGACGAGUUAUAUGACGGCGGCGAUGAUGAUGAUGAUGACGAUACUUCGUCAUCACCAUCAUCAUCGCUGCCGUCAUCGAACUCGUCUUCAUCAUCUUCGUCGACACAAUCAUCAUCAACGUCCCAACCAUCGCCGACAUCAUCAUCGACGCUUCAUUCUCGUAAUAGAGGAGAUGGACAGUCCGGUUCCAUCUGGAAGUUCUUCACAGGAGCGGGAAGACAUGCUCUUCUUCUUGGUUUUCGCCAUAACCCAGUGGGUGCACAGGCGCAAUGCGGCGGCCAUGGCCGUCCUCGAGGCUGUCGCAUUCACCCCGUUCCUGUUCGGGGACGCGGCGACAUCGUUGCCGCUCCUUGCAGGCGGGGUGAUGCACGGAUUCGCUCUCGCCAGUUUGGCUGCGGAGGAGUUGGGAAGACGCAUGGAGCGCUGACGGCGGAUAUGGGUCAUGGAACGAAGUGGGGGGGUGUGGAGGGAUUUGCAGCGAAUGGAAGUCAUUUUCCAAGAGGCCGGCAAGACAGUGGCGGUGGGGUCUCGACUUUUUCUGGAAAUGGUUUUCCAGACGGCGUUGGCCGUUUUUCGUGGCCGAACAAGUUUUCCAACUGCCGAGCAGUGGGGUCCAAGCCUAUGAAGAACAGCUGUGCACCCGAAUUCAUGGGUUGGUACCAUCUCCUUCACUUCGUCGAUUUGGCGACAAGUAACGUUUUGGAAGAGAUGGGCAAGCGGGGAACAGGUGGGGGUGGAGUGAAGGCGAUGAUGAAGCAACGGGGAGUCGGACAUGGUGAGGAGAGAGGAACCCUCUCCGAAGACGACGAGAGAGGGGGCCACCUGUUUUCUCCUUGGGUGACACUUAGCUUCUUCCCGUCUGUGAUGCAAGUGGCUAUGGCGAUGGCGUUGAUUGCUGUCGUCUUGCUGAUGCCUGUCUUCUGCGUACACAGUGGCCGGCCCAUGGGAUGGGCCUCGCGGCCGGGCCCGAUGUUUGGCACCGUGGGCGACGAAACUUCGGUACAGGAAGUAGGACUAGGAGGAGGAGAACUAGGAGGAGGAGGAGGAGGAGGAGGAGGAGGAGGAGGAGGAGGAGGAAGGAAUGUUUUCGGACCGGGUGAGGGACAGGAUGGCAGCAAAGAAUUGCGGAAUGCGAUGCUCGAAAGAAGAGAGAGCGGGACGAUGACACCAAGUGGCGGGGGAGUCAGCCAUAGCCGAAGCCGCUAUAGCCGAAGCCGCUAUAGCCGAAGCUUCUUUGCCAUGUCUGUGGUUCAAUGGGCUUGGAAGAAGACGAAGGGCGACGGUCCUGAUGGAAAGGAGGACCGCAGAACGGUAGCUGACCGCCUGUUUGCGUUCUCGUCGUUUUUGCCGCUAGUACAACGGGCCAUGGAAGGUGAGACGAGGUGAUGAAUGGCUCUGUCUUUGUCUUUGCUUUUGUUUUUGUUUUUGUUUUUGUUUUUGUUUCCCUUCCAUAGUCCAUUGCCAGAUGCUAUAGCUAGAUGCUACAGGCAGAUGCUAUUCUAUAGCCAGAUGCUAUGCUAUUGCCAGGUGCUGUAGCCAGAUGCUAUAGGCAAAGCUUAUCAAGUGGCGGAUAUGGCGAAGCGGUCUUGUUGAUGGGCUUGAUGGACGAUGACAUCAAUGAUAUGUUCAAUCCUUUUAUACUUUUUCCUUCUCUAUUUUGUCCCCUUUUGUUGCGUCUUCCUCGAUUUCCUCUUCACCGUUUCGAUAUAGGAAUGCUUUGGGCCUUGCUCCACUAUUCACGGAAUGUGCAAAAAAAUGAGAAUGAAUCUUCCGCUUGAAC